AUGGCCAAGUCAGACCAGUACGAGCACGAACACCGCGAAGAGAUGGACGUCGAGUCCGUCAAGCAUCGCGAGGAGAGCCUUAUCGCUGCCUACGUGCCUGACACGGAGGAGGAGAAGAGGCUUGUCCGCAAGAUUGACCUCUACCUCCUGCCUUGCAUUUGGUGCAUGUACCUGAUGUCCUACCUGGACCGAACCAACAUCGGCAACGCGAAGAUUGCGGGGAUGGAGAAGGAUCUCGAGCUCACCUCGGAUCGAUACUCGAUUGCACUCGUCGUUUUUUUCAUCGGCUACGUUUUAUGUGAGAUACCGAGCAACAUGAUUUUGGCCCGGACACGGCCGAGCAGAUUCCUCCCGACCAUCAUGUUCAUCUGGGGCCUCGUCACGAUGGGCAUGGCCUGGGUGCCCAACUACAAGGCCCUCAUCGGGUUCCGUGUCGUUGUCGGUAUUCUCGAGGCCGGAUUUGCACCAGGCGUCAUCCUCGUCAUCUCGUCGUGGUACAAGAAGUCGGAGCAGAGCAAGCGGUUUGCGGUUUACAUCUCAGCGGCGAUCUUGUCGGGUGCCUUUGGAGGGCUCCUGGCUGGGGCAAUUACAGCCGGAAUGGAUGGAGUCCAUGGCUUAUCCGGCUGGAGAUGGCUCUUCCUCAUCGAAGGCGUCGCCACCUCUGGUGUUUCCGUCAUCUCCGCCUUUGUCCUCCUCGACUUCCCGGCCACGACGUCCAAGUUCAGCCCUCGCGAGCGCGAGCUUGCAAUGCAGCGUCUCCUCGCCGACAAUGUCCAGAACGACAACGACGAGGACGCGCCGAAGCCAACCCACCUCGGCGCUCUCAAGAUGGCCCUCCUCAACUGGCGCGUAUGGCUCUUCGUCGUCGGAUACAUGGCCAUCGUGGGCUCCUCGACCCUGUCGUACUUCUACCCGACCCUCGUCAACGGCCUCGGCUACACGGCGCACAUCGCGCAGUACAUGACCGUGCCCAUCUAUGGCGCCGCGUUCGUCGUCACCCUCGCCACCGGCGUCGUGAUGGACCGCUACCCGCAGAACCGCGGCCUCGUGCUUGGCGGCUGGCUGACUUUUGCCAUGCUGUGCUCCGUCGUCAUCUGCGCCGUCUACAACUUCACCGCGCGCUACGUCCUGCUCGUGCUCAUGGCCAGCGCGCUCUGGGCCGCCAACGGCCUCGCCAUCUCGUACGGCUCCUCGACCUUCGGGUACAUGGCGCCCGAGGUCCGCGCCAUCGCGCUGGCCUUCAUCAACGCCAUGGGCAACCUCGCCCAGAUCUACGGGUCCUACCUGUUCCCCAGCUCUGGCGCGCCAAAGUACCUCAUGGGCUUCGGAGUCAUCAGCGGGCUGUGCUUCACGGGGGUCGUGUCGUACCUGACGAUUCAUGUCGUGCUGCGCCGGUGGCCCAUUCAUAAGUAG